ACGAAAGCAGUUUUGGCUGGUGACGGAUGGUGGUGUGUUUCUGAAAAGCGGCGCUGUUCUGUUGCUGCCACCCUUAUUCUGGUCCCAAAAGUGCCAAGGGAGACAAGUGGACGGUGCUAGCCAUUCAUUGAAGCGGUGCCACCGGUUCCAACAAAAAAAAAAAACCGCGACUUACGAAUCUCACGGAUUUUAUCUCAUUGCAUUAUUACGUUUUGUAGUGUGACGGUGUGUGUGAGUGUGUGUUGGAUCAGCGAAUAAUUAAAAAGCCAUCAUUUGAUGCGGUAGAGCCGUAGUAGCGACACUGCUCCCGGAUGUCACAUACUCUAUCGCGGUCCGCUUGUUUCGCGAAAACGGAAGAAACGCAUUCGUGGUAAGAAAUUGGUCACUUAUAUAGGGGGGAUGUUGGUGCGUCGUCGUAUGCGUAAAGUGACAGUUUUGUUGUGCGUUGUGUGAUGUGACGUGUGCCGCCCAAUACAAAUAGAUUGCAGCGAGCGCUUUAGUGUAUUUAUUCGCGGGGUGAUUAGUAUUCGCACAUCUGUUUUUUUGUUGCCAGCACGCAAAAGGACGUUACGUUGCUGAGAAAGAAAAAAUAGAGAGAGAGAGAGAGAACCAAAAAAGGAUGCAAUUGUGUGCUAGGAACGAAUCGGUGCAUCACAGUUGCUCGCCUGCUGCGACCUAGAGAUUACAUCAUCUCAGUAGUACACACGUUCACUCUCAGGCACCGACACACUCUCGCGUUCUCGCUCGCGCGCCGUACUUGGAUCUCGUGCGGAGUCUGUGCGUUCGGUUCUGGGGUGGUUUCGCGAACGGCGCUCGCUGUGCUGGAGCGCCAACUUUAUCCAUUGUGCAAAUAUCGCUCGAAUGGUGGAGUUGUGUUGUUGUGCUAUCGGUGUGAUUUCUUCGACCCUGCACUGUGUGUUUGUGUUGUUUGCCCUAGGAUCGCGUGUCCACGUGUCGAGUGUGUGCAUCCAUCAGUGCGCGUAGUAUACCGUGGGGUGCUAAAUAAAAGUGUUCUACUACGAAAUAGUGGCUGAAAGGAGGGUUAAAAAAGGAAAACACCAUUAAAAGUAGAGCAAUACAGUGCGAUCGAUACACGCAUACACUUAGCAUAACAUUCACGAUACGCAUCACACCGCAUUGCCGUAUGCUACAGCAUCCUUUACCGUUGUUCAGUGGCUAGCCGGCCACACUGCUUCCCCGGGGGGAGUGAAAUUCAAGUUACGUCGUGUCCAUAAACGAAAAGAACGAACAGCAAUGAGUGCCAGCAGCAGCUACGGACCGUCCGCUUCCGUUAGUGCCGUCUCCACGCCGAUCAAUGCCGGCAAUAGGCCGGAUUCGGCACCCGCCUUCGGAAGCUCGCACCAGGCGUCAACACCACCGAACUCGGGUGGAAAAUUUCUCGACGUCAAGACCGAGGAGAAGAAAAACCGCCGUACCUCGCUGCAGAUGCUUCUGCCCAAGCUUCCAUCGAACGACAGUGCCGGCCCUAGCCCGGGACCGUCCUCGCCAGGAAUCACGGGAUGGAACGACAACAGCCCCAAGAUCGAGUCAGGCUUCCCAGACAAGAACGAUUCUGCCAAACUCAAUCGGAAGGAGUCGUACAAAGCACAACGAAAGAAUUACAGAAGAGAGAAGAAGCGGGUAGCAUCGGAGUUACUGAAUUCUCUGCAAGACCCGGCCGUUAUCGUACUGGCGGAUUGGUUGAAGAUUCGGGGGACGCUGAAGUCAUGGACAAAGCUGUGGUGUGUGCUUAAGCCAGGCCUCCUGUUCAUCUACAAAAGCCCGAAAACGAAGAGCAGCCAUUGGGUCGGUACGGUGCUGCUCACCUCCUGCCAGGUGAUCGAGAGACCGAGCAAAAAGGAUGGAUUCUGCUUCAAGCUAUUCCACCCGCUGGAUCAGACAAUCUGGGCGCCGCGCGGUCCGGACAAGGAAACGAUGGGUGCGGUGGUGCAACCGCUGCCGACAUCCUACCUAAUCUUUCGCGCCCCCAGCCAGGCGGCGGGCAAAUGUUGGAUGGAUGCUCUGGAGCUAUCGCUGCGCUGUUCGGCGCUGCUGGUGCGUUCCGUGCCGAACAUUGACACGAAUCUGAGCGAGGGGGCAACCAGCACCACGCACGAAACGCAGUGGUCCGAGGCGGAUUAUGAAAAACACUUCGAUGAGCACGCUCCACGUCUGAAAGAGCAUUUGAGUUAUCUGCUCAAGUACCUUCCACCAUCCCCGCCGGAGAAGAACAACCUACGUGUAGAACCGAUAGAAAAAUCCCUGCCCCGUAGCGCUUGCCCUUCGCCGACACCGAUCUUUCAGCAGCUGUAUCUGGCGGUAGCGCACUGGGAGCGGUAUCUGCGAGAUUCACCGGAAUUUUUCCGCUGCCGGUCGGUUGACAUCGGUGGUCCGCUGCGUCGGCGCAUGCCAUCAUCGUCCGGUACGGUUUCACCGGCCGGUGCGGAUGGAGACGAGGAAGAGGACGAGGAAGUGUUUAAGGCUAGCAGUCAGGAGGCCGGCGGCAGGCGCCGUAAUUCGUAUCAGGUUGGAAGCAACCUGGUGCCGGCAGCGUCCGACGCGGGCAAACUAAUGGCCGUUAAUGGGUCGGAGAAGCUACGACGUCGCAGUUCGCCGGCCGAUUUCUCCAAAGGUCAUCAUGGCAUCACAAUACGCAUCUCUGACGAUCAAUAUUUGGACAUCGACAGCCAGCUGGACCAAGGCACGAUGGUAUCCGCAGGUGAAUCGGACUCUGAGUCAGACUUGGGCGAGGGCAUGGAUGUAGAAGAAUUUCCGGAAACGCCUUAUGUUCACUCACCAGAGGAAGAGUUUGGGGCGGCUGGCGAACAAGUGGAAGAAUUGCCCGAGGAGCAUAAAAGUUUGAUCUGGUUCCUGGUAAAACAGGUGCGCCCUGGCAUGGAUCUCAGCAAGGUGGUGUUACCGACGUUCAUACUAGAACCUCGCUCGUUUUUGGACAAGCUGGCCGACUCGUACUACCAUGCCGACAUCCUUUCGAAGGCAGUGCUGGAAGACGAUCCAUUCACUCGCAUGAAAACUGUCGUCCAAUGGUACUUGUCCGGGUUCUACAAGAAACCGAAGGGACUGAAAAAACCGUACAAUCCCAUCCUGGGCGAAACGUUCCGGUGUUACUGGCAGCACGAGAACGGCAGCAGAACAUUCUACAUUGCCGAACAGGUGUCCCACCAUCCGCCGGUAUCCGUGUUCUACGUCACAAAUCGCCAGGAUGGAUUCUGCAUCAGCUGUAGCAUACUGGCAAAGUCCAAAUUCUAUGGCAAUAGCACCUCGGCCAUCCUGGAGGGUGUCGCCACGCUGACACUGUUACCUCGCGGGGAAUGUUACACACUAACGGUGCCGUACGCGCACUGUAAGGGAAUCUUAAUGGGAACGCUGUCGAUGGAGUUAGGUGGCAAAGUUUCGAUCGAGUGUGAAAACACGGGUUACAAAACCGAGCUUGAGUUUAAGCUAAAACCGUUCCUGGGUGGUAACGAGUACACGAAUCUGGUGGUGGGCAAGCUAAAGCUCGGCAAGGAAACGAUGGCUACCAUCAACGGACACUGGGACAGCGAGAUACGGAUAAAAGACUCGCGCACUAACGAGGAAACGGUUUUGUUUAAUCCUACGCCGGACAUACGUGGUCACCGGCUGAAACGUUUCACCGUACCGAUGGAAUCGCAGGGUAUGAGCGAAUCGGAACGACUCUGGCAGCACGUAUCGGCGGCCAUCCAUCGGGACGAUCAGGUAGGGGCAACGGAGGAAAAGACGGCCCUCGAGGAGGCGCAACGAAUCUCGGCCAAAGAACGGAAAGCGACUUGCACCGAAUGGGUGCCGCUGCUGUUUCAGCAGGACUUUGUUACCGGCCAGUGGCACUACAAGUUUGCCGAUCUGCGCCCUUGGGAUCCACGGAACGAUCUGCGACAGUAUGAGAGUAACUAUCGGAUUCAAACGAAAACUCGACACCAGGCACCGAUGGUGCGUACGGCAUCGGUCGUAAGCACUGAUCCGCUGAACAUACUGCAGGUGGAUUCCCGUGGUUCAUUGCGUAAAAAUCGCUCCGGAGCAAUUAAGUCUAGGAAAAUCUCUUCCAACACAUCGACACCGGAUCUGAACGAUCCGAACUCGGACUCUAGUCAUUCAAACGACCAUGACACGGUACUUUCUAGCACAAGAAUCAUGCAAACGCUGGAUGACAUCAACAAAAAGCUGGAGGAGCAUUCGAAGAAGCUUGUUAAACUGCAGUUGGAUAUGGACAAAAUACAUUGGGCACCGCCACGCAGACCGCAGCUGAGCGCGGACGGUCCGAUGGCUAUAUUUACGUUGAUUAACGUUAGGACGGUGGUGUUCGUUGUUAUUGGAUUAUUGAUACAGUUGUUAAUUUCAUGGUUUCUCAUAAGACGUACGCUUGCCGCGGUGAUUACACCCGGGGGCAGAGGGACCGAUGGAGGAGGUGACGGCCCGAGUCCAGCAAUCAAUGAAAAUUAAGCAUUACAUCGCAAUCGUAUGGGAGCUCCAUAUUAGAUUGCGCUAUUUGAUACUCUUUUAUAUAUAUAUUCAUCGGUCAGCCGAUCGACGCAUAUUGACGCUGUAGCUAAAAUUCUGAGGAAUGCUUUCUAUGCAUGGGUAUCAAUUUUCCUAACAAAGUACCAGGCGCCUCCAUUACCCGCGAAAUAUUGCCUACACAUUUAUAUCCUUGUUACAGGUUUAGAUAUUGAUCACAUCCCUCACCGUAAGCUUGAAACAAAUGAAAAAAGAAAACUUUUGUAAAACCUCUACAAAAACAAAAAGAAAAUGCAGGAAAAGCUCGACGAUGUGAGCUUUCGCCAGUGGGAUUGAUUAGCUGUUCCCCUCCAAAGGUUUCCCUCUUUUACCAUCAAAUGAUGCACCGCCAACAGGGAUAACAUUCCAUUAAGCUUUGUUUGCCGCCGGCGGUUAGCGAAGACACAGCGGCCGUGCGACAGAGCCCUCUGGUGACUUUUCUCCGUUUCAAUCGACCCAGCUUGUAUCGGACUGAACCCAGCCACAUAUAGGAGUUUUGCCAACCGAAUAUUAGGCGAGCACGGUUUUGGGGUUGAAUGCAAAAGUGGAAUGAGCUUAUAUAUCUAUGAUAUGCAAAAACAAACUAAACAGCAAUUAAAUAACGAAUGGUUUCUAGAACGUUUUAAUCUUGAAACACAGUAUACUUUACACAGCCUACUAGUAAUCGUCUGUUUUAGCGUGUUUUCUUCAAACUGUUGAUGUAGUGAUCCGUUGAUAUCCUUAGAUCAAUAAUCCUUCGUUUGCUUUUGGCCUCGAUCGUACCUCGUAUAUGAUUGGUUUGCUUUUUCGCUCUGCGCAAGCCAUGCUUUUGCGUUCGUGGAGCGAUGUGCAGUAUACUUAUGUUAAACAUUUGCCUGUAGGGUUAACGGUGUUACAAUUGCAAUAAUGUACGAAAUGGUAUUAGUAAGUAAUGGUGUCUCGACAGCAAAUAGUUGUCAGGUUGGGCAGACAGGUAUAGUACCAUCGCUGGCAUAAUCAUAUUGUUAUUAUACUGGAUUAAACUUUCACGAGUGGCAAUCUCUGAACGAA